AUGGACUAUCAAAACCGCGCGGGCUCCAAAUUCGGCGGUGGCGGUGUCGCCUCCCAAAGCGCUACCAACGCGGACCGCCGCGAACGACUGCGCAAACUCGCCCUCGAAACCAUCGACUUAGAUAAAGACCCCUACUUCUUCAAGAACCACGUCGGCUCCUUCGAAUGCAGGCUGUGUCUCACCGUUCACCAAAAUGACGGCUCCUACCUUGCGCACACCCAGGGCCGAAAACAUCAAACCAACCUCGCCAGGCGCGCGGCCAGGGAGCAGAAGGAGGCCAAGGAUGGAGCGGCAGCGCUCGGGGGAAUGACGAUGGGCGGUGUGGCGGUCAGGAAGAACGUGGUUAAGAUCGGGCGGCCGGGGUACAAGAUCACCAAGACGAGGGAUCCGUUUACGAGACAGCAUGGACUUUUGUUUCAGCUUCAAUACCCCGAGAUCUCGCCCGGUGUGGAGCCGCGAGUAAGAUUCAUGAGCGCUUACGAGCAGAAGGUUGAUGAUCCCCCGGAUAAGAAUUUCCAGUACCUCCUCAUCGCAGCCGAGCCGUAUGAGACUUGUGGGUUUAAGUUGCAGGCUAGGGAGGUGGAUCGACGCGAGGAUAAGUUCUGGACUUGGUGGGAUAAUGAUAGUAGGGAGUUUUGGUGUCAGGUUAUGUUUAAGACGGAGCGGGAUGAGAGGUACUCGAAUGUGCCGGGGCUGGCUCCGAGUGCAUCGAGGAGGUGA